ACUGCGGGCACCGAGUCGUCUGGCGGAACAGCGGGGCAUCGAGUCGUCUGGCAAGACUGCGGGCACCGAGUCGUCUGGCAAGGACUGCGGGCACCGAGUCGUCUGGCAAGACUGCGGGCACCGAGUCGUCUGGCAAGACUGCGGGCACCGAGUCGUCUGGCAAGACCAGUGGGCUCUGAGUCAACAGGCACGACAGUGGGCACCGGGUCAUCAGGUAUCGGAUUGUCUGGCUCGACAGCGGGCAUCGGGUCACCAGGCAUCAGGUCAUUUGGCUUGCCAGCGGGCACCGCGUCAUCUGGCAAGGCAGUGGGCACCGGGUCACCAGGUAUGACAGCGGGCUCUGAGUCAAUUGGCACGACAGCGGGCACUGGAUCAGGUACCGGAUCAUCUGGAUCAACAGCGGGCAUCGAGUCAACUGGC